AUGGACAGUACCAUCUGGAGCCCCAUGACCAACGCCACUGCUGCACCCCUCGCGGCCCACGAGCGCAUCCGCAAUGCGGCCGACAUCUCUGUCAUCAUCAUCUACUUUGUGGUGGUGAUGGCUGUCGGGUUGUGGGCUAUGUUUUCCACUAAUCGUGGGACUGUUGGAGGCUUCUUCCUGGCAGGACGAAGUAUGGUAUGGUGGCCGAUUGGAGCAUCUCUCUUUGCCAGUAACAUUGGAAGUGGCCACUUUGUGGGGCUGGCGGGGACAGGAGCUGCUGCAGGCAUCGCCAUGGGAGGCUUUGAAUGGAAUGCCCUGAUUUGGGUGGUUGUCUUGGGCUGGGUAUUUGUUCCCAUUUACAUUAAGGCUGGGGUGGUGACAAUGCCAGAGUACCUGAGGAAACGAUUUGGAGGCAAGCGGAUCCAGAUCUACCUCUCUAUUCUGUCCCUGUUACUCUACAUUUUAACCAAGAUCUCGGCAGACAUCUUCUCUGGGGCCAUAUUUAUCAACUUGGCCAUGGGUCUGGAUCUGUACCUGGCCAUCUUUCUCUUAUUGGCAAUCACUGGCCUUUACACAAUCACAGGGGGCCUGGCGGCUGUGAUUUACACUGACACUUUGCAGACGGCGAUCAUGCUGGUGGGGUCUUUCAUUCUGACUGGGUUUGCUUUCCACAAAGUGGGAGGGUAUGAUGCCUUCAUGACAAAGUACAUGAACGCCAUUCCAACUGUGAUUACUGAUGGAAACAUCACCAUCAACAAAGACUGCUAUACACCAAGAGCUGACUCUUUUCACAUCUUCCGAGAUCCCCUCAAAGGAGACCUGCCAUGGCCUGGGAUCAUCUUUGGGUUGUCCAUCCUUUCCCUGUGGUACUGGUGCACAGAUCAGGUCAUUGUGCAACGCUGCCUCUCAGCCAAAAACAUGUCUCAUGUGAAGGCCGGCUGUAUCCUGUGUGGGUACAUGAAGCUGCUGCCCAUGUUCCUCAUGGUGAUGCCAGGAAUGAUCAGCCGCAUCCUGUACACAGAAAAAAUUGCCUGCACUGUCCCCUCGGAGUGUAAGAAAUAUUGCGGUACUGAGGUUGGCUGUACCAACAUUGCUUACCCGACCUUGGUGGUGGAGCUCAUGCCCAAUGGACUGCGAGGCCUGAUGCUGUCAGUCAUGUUGGCCUCUCUCAUGAGCUCCUUAACCUCCAUUUUCAAUAGCGCCAGCACCCUCUUCACCAUGGACAUCUAUACCAAGAUCCGGAAGGGAGCAUCUGAGAAAGAGCUCAUGAUUGCAGGAAGGUUGUUCAUCCUGGUGCUGAUAGGCAUCAGCAUUGCCUGGGUGCCCAUUGUGCAGUCAGCACAAAGUGGGCAGCUCUUCGAUUACAUCCAGUCCAUUACCAGUUACUUGGGACCACCCAUAUCAGCUGUCUUCCUGCUUGCUAUUUUCUGGAAGAGAGUCACUGAGCCGGGAGCCUUCUGGGGACUGAUCAUAGGAUUUCUGAUCGGGAUAUCCCGUAUGGUGGCUGAAUUUGCCUAUGGAACUGGGAGCUGCAUGCAGCCCAGCAACUGUCCCACAAUUAUCUGUGGUGUUCACUACCUGUACUUUGCCAUCAUCCUCUUUGUCAUUUCUGUCAUCAUCAUUGUGGUCGUCUCUCUCUUCACCAAGCCAAUUCCAGAUGUGCAUCUCUACCGCCUGUGUUGGAGCCUGCGCAACAGCAAAGAGGAGCGUAUUGACUUGGAUGCAGAAGAGGAGGACAUUCAAGAAACCCCAGAGGAGACCAUUGAAAUAGAAGUUCCUGAGGAGAAAAAAGGAUGCUUCAAGUGGGCCUAUGAUCUGUUUUGUGGCCUGGACCAGCAGAAGGGUCCCAAGAUGACGAAGGAAGAGGAGGAAGCUAUGAAGCUGAAGAUGACAGACACCUCUGAGAAGCCUUUAUGGCGAACAGUAGUGAACAUCAAUGGCAUCAUCCUGCUGUCCGUGGCCGUUUUCUGCCAUGCAUUUUUUGCCUGAGCCUUGCCUUCUGUGGCAGGCCUUGUUCAGGAAGGCCAGACUUUUUACUCUGCCUCCUUAACUUCUAUUCUGUGGUGUUAAGCUGCUGGUAAACCAGCCAAGUGUAAAUUUUGCCCAGUUGAUAAAUGUGUACAGGUGUAAUUACAGGCUAACUGAAGAAAAAUCAUUAAUUUGCUUUUAACUUAUGUAUUUGAAGCCAGUGUGAUAUCAUCAGCUGUAUAUAUUAGAGCUGCAGAAGGAAAGUCCAACUCAGUCAUGUCCAGGAAAAGAUGCAGUAAGAAAGAAGCCCUGCCAUGUGUGAUGCAAGUUUUUCUCAGAUAGAUUCAGUGUGUUAGUGUUGUUUGUGAUCCUUGAAUAUUAUUUUAAGAGUUGUAGUCUCCCUGGUUCAUGCUGCUUUCCCUUCAUGACCUUCUCCCCAUCUUUUUUAAAGAGAAAUAUUUCCCCUCUCAUCAUACACCUGUCAAGUUUUUCCUGGCACAAGAAAAAUCAAUCUGAUAAACUAAUGAAUGCAUUGAAGCUGAAGAUGGGAACUUGAUAGGGUCCCUGCCCUGGGUGUUUUGCUCUUUGAAGGGAAAGCCUGGGUAUGGCAGAACUUACCCCAAAGGGAAGGACCCAGGCACCAGCCUCAGGCCAGUGGGGAAAGUGGAUAAUCUUGAGUCAAAGCGAUUUUCUGGUUUUCUUUAAAUUGUCUGUUAUGAGUUCCUCAUCUUUGAGAUUUCACUUAUUUUGUCAUUUGCUGUGUCUGGAAUGUCUUUGGCACUCAGCCACGUUUAUGGACCAAAUGCAUGAUUUGGGCACUUAUUUAUAAAUACUUGCUUUAUUUUUAUGUAAGCCUGGCCCUUGGUUAUUUAUUUAUUUUUUUUGGUGGCUGCACAAAGUACACAGUACACACUCUGGUGACUCUCAUCAAUUGGAAUACAUUUUCCAGAGGCCACUCUUCCUCAUGGUGUGGAUGUUGACAUAUGAGCUUAGAAGCUGAUCUAUAUCACAUAAUAGAACAAAUGUACCUCUUGGAGCAUCUGUCAUUUCAAAGCAGCCACACUCUCCUGUAACAUGGAAACAAUUAUCCCAAGAUUCUCCUCUCCAUGAGUUCAUGUGAGCACAGUCCUUCCUUUUUGGGAUGUCUUGAGUGGAGAUCAUCUAUUGACCAAAGUUAGGGUAGGUGUCUCUGUUCUGAGUAAUAGCAUUCAACACUUUUAGUUGACAGGAGUGUAUUUCUUGUUGAACCUGUUUCCUAGGGAGCAGUUUUUAAAUAUAAUUUUAAUUAAUUAACUGAUUAAUUAAAAUCUUUUAGUCCCACCCAUGAAAUCUCAAUUAUGUUGUAAUAUAAACUUUGAAGUUAAGAAAAAGUCAUGAUGUUAGUGUUGACUGAUUUCAAGCUGGUUUAGGAAAAAGCUGGGAUCUGAGGUGCUGUGGAGCUGAGAGUGGUUCCUAGGCAUACAAAUGGUUCAACAAGCAAAGGGAUGGCUUGUUCUUGUGGAAGGAAGGACACUAGUUGAUACACCCUCCAUAUUGCCCUUAAGUGAGGCAGAGAAGAGGGGAACAUGGAGAAUUUCUUGUGGCUGGCAUUACUCAGCAGACUCAGUUUCAUGUGGAGUUUGUGGUAUUUUUGAGCUUUGAAAAGAUAAAGGAAAAGGAUUGAAAGCUGGUGGAUGAAACGGGCACAAAGCAUCUAGAUUGUCCUGGGUUCAGUUUCUGGCAUUGCCAAUGAUUCAUGUGUAUUUUGUAGUAAAUUAUUUUGUCUCAACUGUGUAUUUUUCUCUUUGAAAAAUGAGGACCUUGGUGCUUAUAGCAUCUACAUACCUCCUCUGGGUGUGACUAGGUCACUUUGUAAAGAGGAUAACAGAUACAUACAUGAAAGAUGCGAAACAGAUGUUAUAGUAAGUGGCAUUUAGUCCCAUAAAUUAAAAUGUAUUACUUUGAUACUAAUAAAAACAUUA